UGAUGAUGCUGCUGAUGCCCCUGCUGACCCUGCCCACCCCCGGUGAUGACUCUCCGUACGUGUCCGAGUACUUCUCGCAGAGCGCCCAGAAGCUGUCCUUCUACGAAUGGUACGGCCACGCCAAGCUCUUCCAAUUCCGCGUGCCCCCGGACACGGUGCUGCUCCGCUGGCUGCUACAGGCCUCCCGGGACCCGGGGCCCCAGUGCGGUGACGUCGAGAUCAGUGUCCACUUCCGCCACGGCGCCCCACCUGUCAUCAACCCACUGGGCACGGCCUUCCCCCCCAACACCUCCGUACGGCCGUCCUUCCGUCUGCCCAUGACGCUGUCGGCCACGCUGCAGAACCACACGCUCGUCAACGUCUCCAGCCCCGCCGCGGGGGACUGGUUCAUCGCUGCUCACCUGCCCCGCGCCUCGCAGAAGAUCCAGCUGAAGGGCUUCUCCUCGCCGUGUGCCUACACCUUCCAGCCGGAUAUGCUGGUGCUUCGGCUGGUCGGCGUGCCCAUCCUGGAGCCCGGCACCCCCCUCCCGCUCAGCGUCCUUGCCCCCCGCCCGUCCCAUGCCAAGGUGUUUGUGCCAGAGUACACGGUGGAGCUUCGCCUGGAGCUGCGGGGCUGCGGCGGGGGUCCGGGCUGCCCGGUGCGGCUCUCCCUGGGCCCCAUCACACUGCCCCGCUCCUUCCAGCGUGUUGUCAACUGCACGGGCAGGCCCACCCCCUGCCUCCUGGUCCUGGACAACCCCCCCUGGGACCGGUGGCUGCCACUCACCGUGGAGAGCCUGGCCGGCCCCAACGUCAGCGUGGCCCUGGAGGUCAUCGCCUCCCUCUCAGUGUGCCGGCCGGGACCCGUCGCCUCUGUCCUCGGCUUCUAUACCGGCCUCAACCAGAGUCACAGCCCUUCCCCUCCGCCGCCUGCGGCCUCCUCCGGGCCUCCGUGGCCCGGCGGGGCUCCGGGCGAGCCCACGGGGGGGCCCUUCUGCCUGCGCAGCCAGCCGGUGGUGCGUGAGGACUUGGACGUGGUGUCGGUGCGUUUCCGGCUACUUGACGGGCCCAGCGUGGCCGUGGAGGCCGGGCUGCCCACACUGCUGCUGCUUAGCCUCCGCUCCGGCAUGGACAGCGGCGGGACCCUCGUCAUCAGCCUCCUGCUCAACCAGACUUCCCUGAGCGAGGCCAAUGCCACCGUGGUCGCCUGUGUGAGUGCCGGGUCGCCUGUGCUUAAACUCAACACGACACACAACUGCACCACAGCCUUCUUCCAGGGCCACCCCCUGCGGCUGGACGCGGCCUCCCCCGAGGCCACGCUGGCCGUCCCCUUCCCGGAGACCGACAACUGGUUCCUCAGCCUUCAGUUGGUCUGCCCCGAGAACCCGAGCGGCUGUCCCACGGCACGGGCCCGCGUGGUGGCCGGGGCCUACCUGACUCCGUGCCUGGACGACUGCGGCCCGUACGGCCAGUGCAGCCUGUUGAGGCGUCACGGCUUCCUGUAUGCCGGCUGCAGCUGUAAAGUCGGCUGGCAAGGCUGGAGCUGCACGGACGACACGCGGGCCCAGUCCGUGGCCACACAGCAGGUGGCCGCGCUGCUGCUCACCCUCAGCAAUCUCGUGCUGCUGCCGCCCAUCGCCGUGGCCAUCCACCGCUUCCACUUGGUGGAGGCCGCCGUCUACACCUACACCAUGUUCUUCUCCACGUUCUACCAUGCCUGCGACCAGCCCGGAGUGGCUGUCCUGUGCAUCAUGGACUAUGACACGCUGCAGUACUGUGACUUCCUGGGCUCUGUCGUCUCCAUCUGGGUCACCGUCCUGUGCAUGGCCCGGCUCAAGCGCCUGGUGAAAUACGUCCUGUUUGUCUUGGGGACCCUGGUCAUCGCCAUGUCCAUGCAGCUGGACCGAAGGGGCAUUUGGAACAUGUUGGGACCCUGCCUGUUUGCACUGACCAUCAUGAUCUCUGCAUGGGUGUACCGGGGCGCCCAGCGUCGGAGCUGUUACCCCAGCUCCUGGAAGCGCUGGGCCUUCUACCUGGUGCCCGGGCUGGCACUGGCCCUGGUAGCCGUCGGAGUGUACGCCUUCCUGGAGACCAGCGCCAACUAUUACUAUACGCACAGCAUCUGGCACGUGCUGGUGGCCAGCAGCGUGGCCUUCCUGCUGCCCCCCCGUGACGAGCUCCAGGAGCCGUGGGCCUGGCCCGCCAAGCUCACCUGCCGCUACCAGAUCUGCAGGAACGACCGCGAGGAGCUGUACGCCGUGACGUGAGGCCGUGGCGGGGGCCACCGGCCCGGGGGACGCGGCCCGCUGCUCCUAGCGGAGACUGAGGACCCGCAUUCCCGUUCCUCCCCACCUCCCGCCAUUCCCCUGCCUCGAUGCCGGAGGAAGGGCCCACGCAGACUAGAGUCCAGGCUGAAUAAAGCGGCCCUGGCACGGUCUUGGUCUGGAACGGAGGGCGGGACGGUCGCAGUCGGGUUCCACUCCUGCCCGGCUGCGCUGCUGCUGGACUGAGCGCGGUGAGGGAGGGCUCCUGUUGGUUUGGGGUGCCUGGCCGUUAUCGCCGCGGAGGCCGCGGUCACCCACUGGCGUGCCUGGUUGGGGGGCAGCGAUCGGCUCCGGGUCAGGUGCCCAGGGCAGGGUCAACUGGAAGCAAAGACGCACUGGGCCGAUGACCACAUCUGGACAUCUGGGCUUGUCCCUGCCCCUUUUCUGCCCAUUGCUGGUGUCCCGGAUUGACCCCGGUGUGCCCAGCGCCUUCUCCACUACCAUCCAGUUGGACUCCAGACUGAGGUACCUCUCAGUGAUGCUUGCCAAGUCCUGGACACCUGCCUGUCUGGGCACGGACAUUUGAUCCCUCUCUCCCCGCUCCACCUCCCCUGGGCCUAGCUGAGUGGGGGAGGCUCCGUCCUGGAGGCUCCAGGGUUCUGGGGGCCUGGGAUCUGGGCCUUCUGGGAUGGGCAUGUCCUGGGUUCUUCCCAGGUCCUGCAAGCGUGAGUCAGGGGGUCCUGCAUCCCUCCUUCCUCUCCCCAUUGCAUCCAGUGUCCCCCCAAGGGUGAGUGGGCUUAAGGAAAUCGGGCUGAGGGACAGAGAGGAGGUCUCUGGGAUCCCUGUUCAGCUCCCUCCGGCCCCAGAAUCCUCCGCCCAUGUCUCAAUCAAUCAAUUAAAUCAAUCACUGGUAUUUAUGGAGCACUUACUCGGUGCAGAGCACAGAGUACAGUAGAGUUGGUGGACAUGAUCCCUGCUCUGGCAGUCUCACGGAAGGGGCAAACAUUAAAAUAAAUUCCAGGUAGUCCCUGAGUCCCUGCCCCUGGGAUUUGGAAGUCAUGGCUUUUUCAGCUAUUGGCCAGGUCCUUCCCAUUGAAAUCAGUUGGGCCAGGGCUUGGAAACCCCUUCCCCAUGACUUACCUGUCCCCCAAUUUCCUCCCCAUCCCACCUCCCCCUUUGGCAGUCCCUGGAGACCCCUUCCGAGGCUGACCUGUCCCCCGCCCCCGCCUCUAGUAUGCUGCAUAGUGUACUUGGUAGACAGCAAUAAAUGUCCCUACCCUUUUCCAAGCAGGCUCUGUGAGUUACAGAGGUGGAUGGGUACAGAAGACUAGUUUUAGAUAGGACAAAUCUUGAUUUUUUUUCCAAUGGUCUUGGCUGGAGGGAAGCAGCUGGCAGAAUUUGCAGGGCUUUCCUGACUUAGCCACGGGGUGUGAUUAAAUUUAAAUUAUUUUAUAGGAUGCAUUCUCCAGACCAUUCUAAGCAGGCUCAUGAUUCCUCUCUGGUGAGGGGCUGGGAAAUAAAGGAUGAAUUGGGCCUCUGGA